AUGUAUUCAAUGCAUGGUGGAGGAUAUCAAUAUCCACAAGGAACGACAACAUAUUCUAUUCCUUAUGACAGUAAUCGAACAGCUCAAAAUAAUCCUUUAUCACAAUAUUCUUAUGUUGAACAACAUUCAACAAAUUCUUCACCAUAUACGAAUACUCGAACAAUAAAUAUUUCUCAUUCAGUACCAACACGUCGUGUUAAUCCUGCAUUAACAAUAAAUCCAAAUCAACCAUCACGAUCACAAUAUACUAAUUAUGGAAAACCAACAUAUACUUAUAAAAAAAAUGUAAGUAGUGAAAUAGAUGAUUCACCAAUAAUUGAUCCACGUGCUUUUCAUUAUUUAAAUUUAAAUGAACAAAAAUCAAAAAAAAAAACAACAUCAUCAGAUGAUAUUGAAAGUGGUAUUGAUACACGACCUAUAAUUAAUCUUGAUGCAGUUGCACAAUUAGAACGACGACGACAGAAACUCAUAGAAAAGAACAAUCGAUUACGUGGUGAUGAUGGAUCCAAGGAAGGCAUUGAUGAUAGGUCUAUUAUAGAUUCCAAUGCCUUUCGUUAUAUUGAAGCGAAGACAAAUAAGAUUGAAAAACAAGGUCAAGGUAUUACUAGUGGUAUUGAUGAUAGACCCAUUGUAAAUCCAGAUGCAUUCAAAUAUUUAAAUGCUAAACGUCGAGAAAAAUCAGCAAAACAAUUAGAUGAACCAUCGAUUGAUACUCGUUCAAUAAUAGAUCCAGAUGCAUUUAAAUAUAUUGAAAAACGUAAUAUACCAACAGCAAGAACUAUUGAAAGUGGUAUUGAUAGUGAACCAAUUGUUGAUCCAAAUGCUUUUCGUUAUUUGGAAAAAAAUCAACUACCACAACGUCGUGAUGUACAAUCAGGUGUUGAUACAACAUCAAUAGUUAAUCCAGAUGCAUUUAAAUAUAUUGAAAAACAUACACCAACAAAAUCAGAACCAAUAGAACCAUCAAUUGAUUAUCGUCCAAUAGUUAAUCCAGCUGCAUUUAAAUAUAUUGAAAAACGUACAAUAACAAAAUCUGAACCAAUAGAACCAUCAAUUGAUGAUCGUCCAAUUGUUAAUCCAGAUGCAUUUAAAUGGAUUGAACGAAAAGAAACAAAACGUCGUGUUGAUAAUGAACCAGAAAUUGAUGAACGUUCAUAUGUUAAUCCACAAGCAUUUCGUUAUAUUGAUCGACAUGUAGGAAAAAGAAAUGAUAUACCUGUACCUGAAAUUGAUACACGUAGUUUAAUACUUGAAAGAAAUCCAAAUGCAUUUAUUCAUCUUGAACGUAAAUAUACAACUGGAAAAAAUGAUAUUGAAAGUGGUAUUGAUCAACGUUCUUAUGUUGAUCUAGAUGCAUUUAAAUAUAUUGAAGGUCAAAAUAAAAAUUCAAAAAAUAAAACAAUACAUUCAUUUAUUGAUCCAUCAAUUGAUACAAGAUCAUAUGUUAAUACAGAAUCAUUUCGUCAUCUUGAAGGUAAACAAGGAAAAACAACAUAUGAUAAUUAUAAUGUUCAUGAAGGUAUUGAUGAACGACCUUUUAUACCAUUAACUGCUUUUCGUCAUCUUGAAUAUACAGAUGAACAAAAUUAUCCUUAUGAUAUUGAUUAUUUAACAUAUGGACAAACAGAUUUAUGUCCUGUUUUGACAUUACCUCAACAUGGAUUUUUCUUUUCGGGACAUUGUGAACGAGAAUCAGGUUCAUUAUGUGGUCUUGGAUGUUUAACUGGUUAUCGUCUUGUUGAUGGAGAUAGUUUUCGUGAAUGUCAAUCAGAUGGAACUUGGACAGGACAACAACUAAAAUGUGAAGAAAUUCGUUGUCCUCCAUUAAAAAUUAACACUCAAGUGAUUCAAGAAUGUUUACCAAAACAGAACACUAGUGACUUUAAAUUUGGUACAACAUGUCGAGCAAAAUGUAGCAAAAUCGGUUAUCAGUUAGUUGGACCACAUACACGUGAAUGUUUAAUUUUAGGCAUAUGGUCAGGUUAUGAUCAAUUUUGUAUUGUUAGUCAUGAAACAACAAUGCGUGCAAUUACAAAAACAGGUUCAACUCAAUUAUUACCAAUAACAUCAAUAAAAAGCAUUCAAAAAUAUCAUGAUUAUUCAAAUUUUGCUUUGAAUAUUAAUAAAAAUGAUACGGGUAUUGUCUUAUCAUUUAUUGAACCAUUACAAUUUACUAUCAUAUUUUGGUUUUAUCUUGAAAAUGGUGAUAAUGUUUCUCUUAUUUCAUUAAAAGAAAAAAAUGAUAAAAAGUUUUUCGAAAUUACUGUUCGACAAAAUAGACUUGUUUAUUAUCAUGCAUCACGAAAUCAAACUCAACCAACAUUAAUAAAAAUUCCUUUAUCAAAAUGGAAUCAUUUUGCAUGGAUAUAUUCAAAUAAAAUUCAACAUUCAUAUUUAUAUAUUGAUGAUAUUUCAUCAUUGAUUUUAUUUAAUCAAACAUUUCAUGGUCGCAUAACAAGAUUAGAAAUUUGGAAUGAAAUGUUAUCUGAACAAAAAGUAUUGAUUAGUUAUCGUGAUUGUCGAAAACAAAAUGGAGAUAUUUUCUCCUGGUCAAAAGUAUCAAAUCAAACAUGGAUCGAUACUAAUAAAUUAAAAAGUUCAUCAUUCUGUUCUGGAUGUUCGGAACCUGCAUCAAUUCAUGGUGGAGUAUAUCAUGUAUCUGAUUACGAAGUUGGUUCAUUUGUAGAAUAUAAAUGUAAUUAUGCUUAUGAAAUGAUUGGUGCUAAUCGUAUUUAUUGUAUGGUACCAUCAGAAUGGUAUCCAUUACCACCGAUUUGUAAAUAUAAUCCAUGUACAUCAGAUUGUGAACUAUGUGACAAAAAUACAGGUGUUUGUUUAAGACAAAAGAUUAAAAUCAAUCUUCAAAGUUGUGAUCCUCCAUGUGAUGAAGAUGAAGAAUGUAUUGAUGGAGAAUGUGCUUGGUCGAAUAUAGGUGAUAAAUGGACUUCGACAACAAAUGAUAAUAUAUGUAAUCCACCAUGUUCAUUCGGAACACGAUGUGUCAAUAGACGAUGUGAACCUAAUAUAACAUCUUAUUGUCCAAUACCAUGUCGAUCUGGUCAACUAUGUAUUGAUGGUCGAUGUGGCUGUUCUAAAGGUAUAUGUGAAAAUGGUCGUGUAUGUUAUGAAAUUUGUGAAAUAGGUGAACGUUGUUAUAAUUGGUCAUGUAGUUGUGGUUUUCAAGGUAAAUGUGGUAAAGGUGAAAUAUGUCAAUCAGAUAUUUGUAUGUGUGGUAUACAACGUGGUGGUUGUCGUCCACAUGAACAUUGUAUUCAGGGAAAAUGUGUUUGCAAGACAAAUUCAUGUGAUCAAUGUAAUAAUACAUGUAAAUCAAAUGAAAUUUGUUUAGAUGGAAAAUGUAUUUGUAAAGAACAAUGUGAAAAAACAUUUUGUCCAUUUCCAUGUUUGAAUGGAGGACAAUGCACGGGUUUUUAUCAAUGUACUUGUCGAGAAGGUUGGCAAGGCCAUCGAUGUGAACAACGUCAAAGAAAAAAUAUAACUAUUUCCUAG